AUGUCAAACGCACCCCUUCAGAACUCACCGCCACCACUCGCCGUCGCUGGCAUCCCCACUGUCGUUGCUGCAACCCCUACGCAGGUUGCUGUCAGGAAACCCUCCGCGGUGUACGGGUUCAUAGCUGCUGGUAUCGCCGCCUGUGGAGCUGUUACUAUUACUAACCCUGCAGAGGUCAUCAAAACGAGACUUCAGCUUCAAGGAGAAUUGGUACGCCAGGCACCAGGAACGGCCAGGAUCUACACGAAUUUUGGGCAGGCGUUUGUUCACAUUGCAAAGUAUGAGGGUAUCCGAGGACUUCAACGUGGAUUGGGGUGUGCGUACAUGUACCAGAUUCUGAUGAACGGCACCCGAUUGGGACUGUAUGACCCGAUCAAGCACUCGAUCCACUCGCUCUUCAAGACAGACCCCGGCACGAACAACAGCUUUGUUAAUAUUGUAGCGGGCGGAACCGGAGGUCUGCUCUCUGCUGCACUGGCGAGUCCCCUGUUCUUGAUCAAGACCCGGUUACAAUCCUAUUCGUCGCACGAGGCUUCCAGAGUCGGACACCAACAUUAUUACAAACACACGUUCGACGGACUGCGACACGUCUUCAAGACGGAGGGCGUUCGAGGUCUCUACCGCGGUGUGGACGCAUCAAUGAUGCGAACGGGUGUAGGAUCAUCAGUCCAGUUGCCUCUUUAUGAUGUUGUCAAGCAGAACAUGAUCAGGGUCGGCGGUCUCGAGAACGGAGCCCUCUGCCACGCACUGAGUAGUUUGGUCUCUGGAUUCUUCCUGGCCCUUGCCAUGAACCCGUUCGAUAUCAUCGCCACGAGAAUGUACAACCAGGCACCGGAUCCAGUGACGGGACGUGGAGGUAUGCUGUACAAGAGCCCCAUCGACUGCGCACUCAAGACGGUCAGGACUGAGGGAGUGAAAGCGCUCUACAAGGGCUUCACGGCGCAUUAUCUGCGCAUUGGGUAA